AUUAAAUUCGAGAAAAGGUAUAUAAACAUCAAGUGGCACGAAACCUUCUAAAUGAAAAAGAAGGUUACCCUCUGUUACAAAGGCGAGUUUCUUCUCGAUUCCUGAGAGACGACGAACGUGAGAUCGACAAGGAGAUCAAGAUGAUGACCGGCGGGAACUACACGACGAUCGACAGCCAGAAAGUCUCUGGAUCUGUACCUUCCGUUCCAGAUCCAGGCCACACCACCGUCAAAUUCGCAGAAUCAAAUCUUCAAACAUUUCCUCCAUCUCAGGGCAAGAUCUCUGGUGGGAGUAAUCCCCCUCGUGAUGCUGAUGAUACAUUUUCUGGACCUGGUAACGGUAGUAGUAGUAGUACAGAUGAACCUCAGUCUGGUGGCUGGCUCCAUAAGUUUACUGUUGGUGCUUACAAGCCGUUCUUCGACGUCGACACUUCGGAUGUCUUGGACAGACUCAAGGAAUCUCUCUUCCCGUUCCGCGGAACGUUUACAGAGAAGACUGCUGAUAAGCCUGACUUGUAUGGUCCGUUCUGGAUAUGCACGACUUUGAUAUUCGUGGCGGCGUCUAUCGGCACGUUUGUCACGUACGUAGCGCAUAAAUGGAAGAAACAAGAGUGGAACUAUGAUAUCAAUCUGGUGACUUGGUCCGCUGGUGUUUUCUAUGGCUAUGUCACGCUGGUUCCUCUCGCGUUAUAUGUGGUUCUCAAGUACUUCUCUGCACCUUCGGGGCUAGUCCAGCUCUUUUGCCUCUACGGCUAUUCCCUGUUCAUCUUCAUCCCUGCAUUGUGCCUCUCGGUGGUGCCAGUGGAGAUCUUCAGAUGGGUCAUCGCGGGUGUAGCAGGGUUCAUGUCUGCAACAUUUGUGGCUCUGAACCUCAAAGCGCAUAUCAAUUCCGCUGGGGAGAGAUCGAUCCUGAUAAUCGCAAGCAUCUUUCUUUUGCAGCUGGGGCUUGCGGUUGUGCUGAAGCUCUAUCUGUUCACAGUCACAGUAUGAUUAUUCAUAAAGGUUUUUAGAAAUUUUGUUUUUAUAAACUAAGGGUAAUGUGUUUUUUUUAUAAUGUGUUCUCUCAGAUUUACUAAUUUUUUGUACUGUAUUAAGAAAGUCGCAUUUGUUUACAUAGAAAUCAAACAUGGCCAUUUUAGACUCUU